AUGUCCAUCCACUUAAGCUCCCAGGUCUUCAGCUCGCGCUCCGCCGCCUUCCCGGGUCGCGGCGCCCAGGUGCGCCUGAGCUCCGUGCGCCCCGGCGGCGGUGCCUUCAGCAGCAGCAGCCUCUACGGCCUGGGCGCCACGCGGGCGCGUGUGCCCGUGCGCUCCACCCACGGGGGCCCGGUGGGCGCCGGCAUCCGCGAAGUCACCAUCAAUCAGAGCCUGCUGGUCCCGCUGCGGAUGGACAUCGACCCCACCAUCCAGCAGGUGCGCCAGGAGGAGCGCGAGCAGAUCAAGACCCUCAACAACAAGUUCGCCUCCUUCAUCGACAAGGUGAGCCGCCGUACCCGGCCCCAAGCCACGCUCCGGGCCACAGCAGCCACCCCAGCCCAGCCCGUGCGCGGGCCAGGCGCCCGGAGGCCUGGCGUGUUCUCUUUCCGCCACUAUCAGAAACCUUUCUCUUUCUCAGGAGGGGGGACAGAGGCAAAGCUGCACCCAUACCACGCACCCUCCUUCUCCUGCAGGUACGAAGAUGAAAUUAACCGUCGCACAGCUGCUGAGAAUGAGUUCGUGGUGCUGAAAAAGGAUGUGGACACUGCCUACAUGAAUAAGGUGGAGUUGGAGGCCAAGUUGGAUGCCCUGAAUGACGAGAUCAACUUCUUCAAGACCCUCUAUGAGACGGAGUUGGCAGAGUUGCAGUCCCAGAUCUCGGACACGUCCGUGGUCCUGUCCAUGGACAACAGCCGCUCCCUGGACCUGGAUGGCAUCAUCGCCGAGGUCAAGGCCCAGUACGAGGAAAUCACCAGCCGCAGCCGGGCUGAGGCCGAGGCCUGGUACCAGACCAAGUUUGAGACCCUCCAGGCCCAGGCUGGGAAGCACAGGGACGACCUCCGGAAUACCCGGAAUGAGAUUGCAGAGAUGAGCCGUGCCAUCCAGAGGCUGCAGGCUGAGAUCGACAGCAUUAAGAACCAGUGUGCCAAGCUGGAGGCUGCCAUUGCAGAAGCCGAAGAACAUGGGGAGCUGGCCCUCAAGGAUGCGCGUGCCAAGAAGGAGGAGCUGGAGGCCGCCCUGCACCGAGCCAAGCAGGACAUGGCCCGGCAGCUGCGGGAGUACCAGGAGCUCAUGAACGUCAAGAUAGCUCUGGACAUCGAGAUCGCCACCUACCGCAAGCUGCUGGAGGGCGAGGAGAGCCGGUUGGCCGGAGAUGGAGUAGGAGCUGUGAACAUCUCUAGGGUUGCCAGUAGUGUUACUGACGGCUUCGGUACAGGUAGUUCUACUCCAAUUUUCUCCAGGGAAUGGUAG